CUCAGGGUUCAGCACUUCACUGAAUUCCUGCCAGACUUCGAUUAAUAAUAAUUCAGAUAAUGCCACUGCAUAACUUUGCACAGUGCGCAAUAUAGGACGUUCGUUUCAUUUAGCUACAACAGAACAAAAUUUUGCAAAUAAACAUUUUACCGUAACACUUCCUAAGGUAGGCUAUGUACCAUUCACACAGGCUUGUUACAUUCAUAUGUGUUAACCGAUGCCCGUAGCACGUGACACGCCUCCAAUGCGCCGUGAGCAGAAGCAACUCACAGACUCACAGAUCUUCGUCGGUAGCGGAGGAAGCAACUUCCAGCGAAUCAUUUGUUGCGGUUUCACUUUUUGCUUGGGUCGCAUGCAGACCUUGCGAAACAGCUCUCGUGUCAAUUGGAUUACAUUUAAAAGUAGCUGGAAGGAAAGUGGCAUUUUCUGCUUUUGAAACACCGAACGCGCUCUCGCCAGGGUGGUCUUCUCUUCCUAUGAAACGACCACUGUGGCAGGUUUCUCCAAGAGGGUCAGUAUCCAACACAGAAGCUGUGGACGAUAAAAAAGGAUGCCCUUGGACAACGUGAAUCCUCUACCUGACUUCUAAACUUGUUGCAUUUGCUCUAGAAAUCCUCCGAGUGCGCGUUUCGGAUACCUAUUUGUGCGUAACGGCGGAACAGCUAUUCAAAGUGGACUAUAACUGUUGAACUGUGUGUAAAAACCUGCACUUUUGCAUCAAAAUCCAUUUAUGAGGAGAUGUCCUUUCUGCACGCGGCGGAUUUGUGAGCGCAAAACCUGCUUCAGUCGCACCAGGUCGCGCACAUUAGGUCAGCAUGGCAGCCGGAGUCGCCGCGUGGCUACCGUUCGCGCGCGCCGCGGCCAUAGGAUGGAUGCCUGUGGCGAGCGCCCCGAUGCCGCCGCCUCCACGGGACAAAAGGCGAGGUCAGGACGGUCUGAUCAUCUUGAACGUCAGCGGCACUAGGUUUCAAACUUGGCUGAAUACUUUGGAGAGGUAUCCCGACACCUUAUUGGGAAGCACAGAGCGCGACUUCUUCUUCCACGAGGAGACCAACGAGUACUUUUUCGACCGCGACCCGGACAUUUUUAGGCACAUUCUCAACUUCUACCGAACCGGGAAGCUGCACUACCCUCGCCACGAGUGCAUCUCCGCCUAUGACGAGGAGCUGGCCUUCUUCGGCAUCAUUCCUGAGAUAAUAGGGGACUGCUGUUAUGAGGAGUACAAGGAUCGCAGGAGGGAAAACGCGGAGAGGAUUCAAGACGAUGAGGAGAACGACAACAACAAAGAUAUGGUGCUGCCGGAUAUGUCGUUCCGCGAGACCAUGUGGCGCGCGUUUGAGAACCCGCACACCAGCACCAUGGCGCUGGUGUUUUAUUACGUCACGGGCUUUUUCAUCGCCGUCUCCGUUAUGGCCAACGUGGUGGAGACGGUCCCGUGCGGCAGCGGGCCAAACCGGGCGAAGGAGGUCUCGUGCGGUGAGCGCUACGCCCUUGCGUUCUUCUGUUUGGAUACGGCAUGCGUCAUGAUCUUCACCGUCGAGUACCUGCUGCGUCUGAUCGCCGCGCCCAGCAGGUACAAGUUCGUCAAAAGCGUCAUGAGCAUCAUUGACGUGGUGGCCAUCAUGCCUUACUACAUCGGCCUGGUCAUGACGGACAACGAGGACGUGAGCGGGGCCUUCGUCACCCUCAGGGUCUUCAGGGUCUUUCGGAUUUUCAAAUUUUCGCGGCACUCCGCGGGACUGCGCAUCCUGGGGUACACGCUCAAGAGCUGUGCGUCCGAGCUGGGCUUCCUGCUCUUCUCUCUCACCAUGGCCAUCAUCAUCUUCGCCACCGUCAUGUUCUACGCAGAGAAGGGCUCCACUGCCACCAAGUUCACCAGCAUUCCGGCGGCGUUCUGGUACACCAUCGUCACCAUGACAACGCUGGGAUAUGGAGAUAUGGUUCCUAAGACCAUCAUAGGGAAGGUCUUUGGCUCUAUUUGUUCUCUGAGUGGCGUGUUGGUGAUCGCUCUUCCUGUCCCCGUCAUUGUGUCCAAUUUCAGUCGGAUCUACCAUCAAAGUCAGCGCGCAGAGAAGAGACGUGCCCAAAAGAAAACCAGGCUUGCUAGAAUUCAUGCGGCGAAGAGCGGUGGCGCUAACGCUUAUUUGCAGUACAAACGCAAUGGAAUGCUGGCAGAAGCGGAGGAGGAGGCAUCAAAACAGGCCGGCCAAGCUUUGGUAUGUAAGUCCAACCCCACUUUUGAGACCCAGCAUCACCAUCUUCUGCACUGCUUGGAGAAAACCACGAAUCAUGAGUUUGUAGAUGAGCAAACUUAUGAGACGAGCUGUAUGGAGGUUUCCCUUGCGAAGCCAUCCAUGUCCCGUUCCUCCUCGAUGUCCUCCUCUCCACACGGACUGUCCUCCUGCUGCACACGCAGAAACAAGCGCAAGAGCUUCAAUGUCCCCAAUUCCAACAUGGUUGCCGGCCGCAGGGGCAGCAUACAGGAGCUCAGCACCAUCCAGAUCAGAGAGAGACCAAUGAGCAACAGCCGCUCCAGUCUCAAUGCCAAGUUUGAGGAGACAGUACCCCUGAAUUCGGAAGAGCAGUCCUACAUCACUGCCGCUGUCAUCAGCAUGCCCACCCCGCCCGUGACCACGCCUGAGGGCGGAGACUCGUCCAGCUCGCACAACUUCUUGCAAAGCAACAUUGUCAGGGUGUCUGCAUUAUAGACCGCCGUGACCAUUAGCCAUUUUAUUUAGCAAGUGGAUGCUGGAGCGGAAAAAAGGAUCAACGAAGCCCCCUAGUGUAGUGGAGGAGGCAUUGCAGCAGGAUGGGCCAUAGCUGGACCUUUUUUUUUAUCAGCUCCCGCCCAGAGCUCUCAGUCUCUGUGAGCUCCAUCAGCUCCACCUCUAGGCCCAUAAGUCAUGUGACUCACGCUGGGGUCCAAUAGGCUUUCACUCACCCCGUAGAGGAAAACAAUGACCAGUGGUUGUUAUGGCUUCUAUAAUUUUUCAGUAUUGUGAGUCUUUGAAUCUGUUGUCUUUAAUCUGAUGGGAUUGCCAUUCGAUUUUGGGAUGAAUAAGGAGUGUACCAGCAGGGGCGGGAUUUUAAAAACUUUUAGACAGCUAUACACACACUUUUGAUACUUCAAAGUAAAGCUGGGCUCUACUAGAGUGUGCGGUCGGAUGCUUUUGCGUGUGUGAGUGUGUGAUCGAGACCGAUCUCUUGCAUGUUUUGCGUAAGUCUUUGUCCUUUUUCAAUUCGGCAUGAGCAAUAAGGAUUGGCUCUUUCUGUCAGAAUGUGUGCUUUUUACUUUUGCCUAGUUAUAGAUCUUUCCAACCCAACAAGUGUGUGAAAACAGCUGUUUUGAGAGACUGACCUGUUGAUAAUAUCCUGUCUCGCACUCUCUCUUGUCCCACCCAUGUUGCGUUCACUCCUUGCCUGGCCUAAUGAGAUGUUUGUUAUCCUUCUGUUUUUUUGUUUUUUUUUUUGGUGGAAAAAGCUUAACAGAAAAGGAAACUCCUUUUGUGUUUUAAUAUAUCAGACUUUCUCAAACUGACAGUGGAGGCUUGUGGACUUGAGCUCUAAUACUAGCCAUUCCGUUUUAUACUCCAAAGUUUGCGAGUUAACUGUGAAAAGAAAAAUAACGUGCUUAUUUAUUAUAUUCGUUAAAAUUAAUGUGCAUGUUGUCGUACACAUGGUGAAACGGGCCAGCGUGGACCAGAGCAUAGAGCCCGUCCAGGACAUUUUUUUCAAGUUCUUUCUUUUUUGUCCCUCCCUUUAAAGAUGUACUUUUAUCAGCAAACAUUCUAAAUUCUGACUAUUAUUUAUGGAUAAUGGCAUCAAGUUGAGAGUCAUCCAGUCAGAUUCUUAGUACUGUUUUGGAGAUUAUUAUAUCAUUGUGAUCAGCAGCACUUAAAACGUGAAUCUCACAAAGUCACGUUCAGUUUUAUUUCACUCCGAAAUUAAAAGAGAAUAAAUUAUACUUUGCUUGUUUUAAAAAUAAUAUUAAAAACAUUUUAAUGAUAAUUAAGCACACUCCACUCCAUGCAAAUUCUCAUUACCAUAAUCUUUUUUGUAUUCUCAUUCUCAAUGGUGAUUUCGUUACUGUAAUACAGUAUUUUAAAAGCAAAUAUAUAAUGCUUCAGAAUGAUUGUAAAAAUACUUUAGAAAUGUAAAUUGUAAUGAUUUAUUGAAAUGAAUUAAUGAAUUUAAUUAAUGAAUUGCUCAAUACACACACAAACACACACACCACUGCCCUCCUGCUCAAUGCCUGCACCCAUUCUUGCUUUACCAUGCGACUUAUGCAACAAGAUUCUUUUUGUAAAGAUAUGCUUUGUAUUAAAAGGGUUACACGGGGAAUAGAAUCUCACAAAUGCAUAUUUUUAAAACUCAAAUGGUGUUGAUUAUAUAUUAUAAAUGUAUUUCAGUUGUAAAAUACAAAAAAGAAAAGAUGAAAACAGAUAACUAUGAGAGAGUGUUGCUAGUGCACCUGUGCUGUAAAUUUGUUCUUCGGUGUAGUGAAAUUUAUUACAAUUUCUUAUUUUCUCCUAAUUUCAAUGGACAGAAAAUGUAAUGUCUCACAUUUUACUUUCUAAAUCAACAACCGCAAAGGCUGGACCAUCUGUUUAGGUUUGGAGAUUUGAUUUAAUUUUUUCCUGUUUGGAGUGUAUGCGCUCACAGACUCUCAGAGAACUUGUUUUUCUUUUUCUUUUUUCUUCUUCCUCUUUUUUUCGGGAUUGACAAAGGACUAUUAAAGCAGACUUCCUGUUUGUGAUAUAAUGUACAUUUAAAUGACUACCAGGUGACGACGGUCCUUUGGAAUUUGUUACAGCUUGUGUUAUGGACAUUAAAAUAUAUGAAUUAUUGAUAAACAAUGAAAAAAAAAAUACAAACCAGUUGUUUAGUCCGGUGCAGUGUCUAUGAAUAAAUAGAAUUAAUUCAUUGUCCUAUUAAAAUACAGAUAAAAAAGA